AUAUUCUGUUUCCUACAUAGAUCACCCUCAAUAGCAAGAAUUGCCAAAUUGUUUAAUCUGUCUUUGUGAAUUGUUGAGCUCGAGUAAUUCUUCAUUAGUUUGAGUGAGACAAGGUUACAAUUCUUUCACAUCACAAGAUGCCAUGAGAUUUUAGACCACAGAUAUGGACAGUAUUAGUACUGAGUUUCUGAUGAAAAGACUAAGAGAGCGUUUGAAUGCUGAGAAAGUGAAACUAUGGUUGCCUCCCUUUACUACAGAAACAAAGGAGAAAGGGGUUGUGCCACAGGAACUUAUUAAGAAAUAUGCAGAGGAAUUAAAAUUAACAGAAGACAUUAUUGCCAAUGGAUUAGAAGAGUUGCGCCUCCAUGCCAUAGCAAAGCUUGAAGAGAAAGAAAAGUUUCAAAAUCAGGGAGUGGCCACUUUAAGAAUCAGGCUGUCCGGACCUUCACCUAGUGAGAGAAUGUCCCGUAAACCAGAACCAUUGGAAUGUAAUCUUGAGAUAACUGGCCAAGACUUAAUGGCACUGGUUGGAGAUAAAUAUGGAAUCAGUCCAUCCACUUUAAAACUCAUCACUGGAGGGAAGAUAGUCAGUCAAGUGGACAGUCUCAGCUCACAAGGCAUAAAAAAUGGAAGUGAUGUCAUGGCUUUAAUGAUUUCAUCAUCUGAUAUCAAAGUUUCUGAAAGAGAAGCAGAAUUAGCAGAAGUGGAAAAAACUCGAUGGGCUGCAGAAAUGUUGUCAUCACGAGCUGAUGAUGAUGAGGAUUUUGACAUCCAAAUCGCUGAUCAAAAUGGUCAUCCAUUGAUCUUGCCUUCAUCAGAAAAGAAAGCUUUGACUUUUGCAAUGACUUUACAUGAGAAAGGCCGUGCUGCUCUUAAAAGCAAAAAGGUUUCAAUUGCCUUGCCUUUAUUUUUAGAGGCAGAUGCGGAAUUCAACAAAUGCAGAGCCACUAUUUUAAAUAGUGUUGACAACUAUGCAAUUUUGUGCCUUGAUAUUGUGUGGUGCUAUCUUUUGCUGAAAAACUUGGAACAGCUUCCAGAUGCUGAAGCCAGACUGACCACAAGUGAAACUUGUUUCAAACGUUGUUAUGGAGAAAAGAUGGAAAGGUUGGCAGCCAUAAAGGGAGGGACAGGAAUGGAGCAGGUUUUAUUCAUGAGACUUUACCUUCUUCAAGGGAUUGUUGCCUUCCAUCAAGGAGCUAUUGCCAAUGCUCACAAUUUCUUACGCAGGGCUGAGUUUGUUCUGACAUUACUUCAUGUGGAUGAUAAUAAACUGCAGGAAAUUAUGUUGAUGGGGUUCACAGAGCGUGAAGCCAGAUUGGGCCUUAGAGCCAAAAAUGGCAAUGUCCAGCAAGCAGUGGCCUACAUUGUUGAGAAGAAAAAGGAAGAGGAAGAAGUAAAUAAGAAAGCAAAGAAAGAAUGGCGGCAGAGAGUACGAGGAAAGAAGCUGGGUAAAACAGCUGGCGGGGAGCCGGUGAAUGUUGAGUAUUACGAUACUCUCUUAGACAUGGAUUUCCCAUCUGGAGCUGCAGCUGAAGCUCUGAGGCUAGCCAACAAUGAUAUAAAUCAAGCUAUUGAAAUAUUAAAUGCUAGACCUGAGCUUCUGCACCUCCCUCCAAUAGAGAAACACAAAGUAGAGAUCACUGAUGCAAUGAUUGAGCAGGUUUGCUCUCUGGGUUUCACGGCUCAGAUGGCUAGGAAAUGUUUGCAACAGUUCAAAGGAGAUUUGCAGCGUGCAGUUGAUGAACUUUUGAAGCACAAUGGUGUCUUCCCAAUGUCCUCAGGCUCAUUUUCACCAAUGUCCGACUCAUCUCAUUCAUCAGUCAGUUCAGCCUACUCUUCAUCAGAUUCAGAAAUGUCUGCUUCUGAUGAUCUCUCUGCUGGUCGCCUAAACCCCAAAGAAAAAGAAGAGCUCCAAAGCUUGGUCUCUGACAUCAGCACAGACACGAAUGACCACCUUGAUCUCACGCUUAGUGAAGAGAGAGAAAUCCUAGUGACAUACAUGAGUCUGAUUGAGAACAGUCCAGCAUGAGGAGUUUCAAGAAUGAGAAUGUUAUAAGGAAGCUGGUUUGGCUUUGUAGUAGUAUACAAGUUUUUUUUUUUCAAAUGGAAUUUUAAGAAUUGAUUUGUUGAGAAAAAGAAUUCAUUUAAAGCAUACCUGUUAGAAUGCUUUCAGGAAGCUGGUUGGUGACCUAUGACCAGAGAUGAGAUGAUGAGAUAAAUGAAGCAACAGUAAUGCUUGAGUUGUAUUCUUUCACAAUAUCCAAAUAAACAGAAAUUAUGU